AGUUUACAGGCUCAAGAGGCUAAAGGACUAAUUCUAAUCAGUGAACGCCACACUUGAUCCACAUGGCAGAGCCCAACUUCCCCCCACUGCCGGGAUUUAUUCCACUCAAGCCAUGCUUCUACCAGGACUUUGAUGAGAUUCCUGAACAGCACCGCAGCAUGUGCAAGAAAAUGUACCACCUGUGGAUAUUGAAUAGUGCUACUCUUGUGGUGAAUCUCGUUGGCUGCUUUACGUGGAUGUUUGGUGGAGGCGGUGUGACAAACUUUGGACUCGCUAUCAUCUGGCUCCUCAUGUUCACACCCUGCUCUUACGUCUGUUGGUUCAGGCCCAUCUACAAGGCCUUCAAGAAUGACAGCUCCUUCAACUACAUGGCGUUCUUUUUUGUGUUCAUGGCCCAAGUUGGCAUCAGCAUCAUCCAAAGCAUAGGCAUCCCUGGAUGGGGAGUAUGCGGUUGGUUGGCCACCAUCUCCUUCUUCAGCUAUAACAUUUUCAUUGCACUGGUCAUGUUGGUCCCAACUGUCAUGUUCACUGCAGUGGCCACACUCUCCUUCCUUGCCCUCACCAAGAUCCAUAACUUCUACCGUGGCAGUGAGGCCAGCAUGUCCAAAGCUCAGGAGGAAUGGGCAACAGGAGCCUGGAAGAACCCUCAUGUCCAGGCAGCGGCCCAGCAGGCAGCAAUGGGGGCAGCUGCUGGAGCCAUGCAGGAUCAGUACUCCAGCCCACAAUAUACUGACAACCAGAUGUAGCCCCUUCCAGACAAUGGGGUCAAAGAAAUGAUGUGACAGUCAUGCCAAAGUUUGAGCAACAAGGUUAGGAAGAUUUUACCACCUCCCACAAUAUUUUUGAGUAUUAAGUUAAAGGUAUACUAUGCAAGUGCUUCCUAAAAAAUAGAUAAAUAACAAUGUAUAAACUCAUACAAAAAUAAUCCAUCUGAAUCAUCACUUCUGGUCAAGUAGAAUGUUGCAGUGUCUGUAUUCACAGAGAUCCAAGCUAAUUACAAGUAAAUCUGAUAACUUUGCUUUUUCAUUGAGCUGAGGCGGAGGGGCCUAAUUUGAAUGUUGUAUAACCGCUUUUAGGAGGGUCAAAGGGUACAGAUGACCUCAGGUCAAGCCACAGGGAGUGGCUGUGGAUAUGGGUCCAUAAUACACAUCUGUGAGGUUGAAGGCUUUGUUUACGAACAGUAAACUGAAAAUCCUGCAUAGUAUGCCUUUAAAAACCCCAACACAUAUCUUAACAUAUUCAGUUUUUGCAUUCAGGCCAAACCACUGAUCAGCACACUAUCAGGGAUUUCUUGCAAUUUCAUCAUUUUGCAAACAAACAGCUAUGAACAUCUGUGGGAAGCUGGUUUACGCCUUCCUGUAUUAAAAGGCAUGCUGGUUUUUGUAGUGUUUUAUAUCAUUUCAUUUUUUUUUUCUGUUUGUGAGGUUGAAGUGGAACUAGUUUUGAAUGUGUAUGACUUUAGUGGCUCUGUGAGAGCUGUGUGCUGGUGUACCCUUUGUGUUGACCUGCAGUUUUAGCAAUUUGUACCAAAAAAGAAGCAAAAAAGAUCACUUCUCAUGAACAAUGUGUGAUGAAGAUUGAAUUAUUUAGUAUUAUCUUUAUUUAUUUAUUUACCACCGCCAUUUUAAAAUGAUACAUAUUUUAGGAUGUAAAGUUACUUUAGUUUUUCUUGUAUUUUAAAUUCCAACGUAAACCAAAGAUCGAAUGUAAUAUUGUAACUUUUAAUUAUAUAUUGCUAUUUUCUGUGACAUCAGCAUAAUUUCAUCAUAUUUCUAUGCAGUUUAUCAGUAGUUACACUGUGAUGUUGAAAGGACUUCUGCCUUCAUCACAAUGAGUAACAGUAUCAAUGCAAAACUUUAGCUAGAUUUCAACAGAGAAUAGAACAAUUAAACACUUACUUGAAGCUGACUCUUUGAUGUACUUGAAGCACAUUUACCUUACACUGAAAACAUCACAUUUACAUCACAGAAGAAUUACAUCAGUAUUAAUGUUUCAGCAUAAAACAAGUGAAAUAUCUGACCCAUGUGAAGUAAUCAGCUCUAGUUUUGUACUGAAUGUCAAUUGAGGAUGUUUUUUUUCUGCAGUAUACCUAUUUGACCACAGGGAGGCGCUGAAGGUUUUAGUAUGAAAUAAAAACCUCCAACAUGUA